AUGCGUUCUCCUCACACAUUGUGGCGCUCUCGGUCUCCCUACAGUGAAGGUCGGUCACGCGAUGUCUCCCGAGGCCGUAGCAGCCCGAGACGGACCCGCGACGCAACCCCGGGAAGUCAGGACGCUCGAGUAGUGAAGCGAAACAGUCCCAUUGGACCAAGUAUUGAAAGACUUGGACGUGCGAUUUCACCGAGGGUCCAAGGGACGAAUACUCUGCGCUCUCAAAGCCCCUCACAAAACCCACGGCGAGAGCAUCCGGGUGACUUAAGCAAAGAUCAGACUUUAUUACGUUCAGGGCAAGCCUCUCCAGUGCCAGCCAUUGCAGUCGAAUCGGAAGUGCCGUCUAGGCGCUCAUCUCCGGCUCUUCAUCCCGAGCGCAAAGCGUUGGCUCCUCUUCGAAGCCGCAGUCGAUCACCCGCUCGUCCACCACUGUCCUUCCGUCCUUCGAGCCAAACGAUCCGUUCUCCAUACCGCCAUCCGAAUCCGGAUAGUGAGACUGCUGGUGGUGGUGAUGGAGGAAAAGAGCAGGAAGUGCUGGGUCGCUCCGCUGAUAAUGGAUCGUCGGAGCAACAACGGAUGGGCGGUGUCCGAAUUGGUGGCAGCAUCCCAACGCAACCGAGGAGCCUGGGUAUUAGCCAUUCUCCGCCUUUUGGAUCAUAUCCAGGACCGAAGGUCACGCCUGCACAGCACCGCGGAUCCCACAAUAUGUCGCUGUUGUCAGCACCAACACGUCCGCGUCGUGGACACGGCACUCGUGAUGUACAUUGGACAGGUGUACCGAUAGGACGUGGUCGCGGACCUCCCCCACCUGCACCAAAUAGUACGCCUUCUGGACCACGGGCUUCAUUCAUCCCUCCAGUACCGACAGGAGGCUAUCGUCACUCUGGAUCUCGCCAGAAUAGCUCCACAUCCGCUGCGUUGUCGCCAGUUCUCAAGGGACCGAAUCACCUUGCAGGUCUAGGAUCGGUCAUCCCUGGGGGUAGAUCUUUACCAUCGCCCUUGGAUGCGCCGACCGAAAAACGGCUGGCACAGCUAGAGCUGGAUAAAGAGAAACUACUCGAGCAGAUGGCGGAAACACAGCGAUCGAAGCGGGCGAGUCUCCGUGACUGGGACCGAUUAGAUCGCGAAAGCUCGAUUUGUGCUCUUAAAAGCGAGUUGGCCGAGGGGCACCUGCAACGAAUGGCGGAUGAAAGCCACGGAGGUGGUAUUAUGUUCUGA